GCGGCGGGCGCUGAAAUUCAAAUCCCGGGAGCGGUUGGGGCGGAGGUUCGGCUGCUCUCGGUGGCUUUGGGGAGCGAACCCUGCGCGGGCACCGGCACAGCCAUAGCCAUGGACCCCUUCACCGAGAAACUCCUCGAAAGAACGCGCGCCAGGCGAGAGAAUCUGCAGAGGAAAAUGGCAGAGCGGCCCAAGGCAGGGGUGAGACCCACAAUGCAGACCAAGAGGGCCAGAGAGCCUUUGGCAGAAACUGGUAACCAGGCACCUCUUCCCGGUGACGAAGUAAAACCAGAUACAAAGCCAUCACCAUCAAAAAGGCUCUGCCCUAAUGAUACAGAGACUCAAGCAUCGAGUUCAGAGAACGUCCAGCCAGUUCCUUCAAGUUCCAGAAGCCAUGUUUCUCCUCAGAUGACUUCAGAAUCACACGAAACUGCUUCUAACAGAGCUUCGUUGCUUCAGCCUCUUGAGAAAGUAAAACCAAACACCACGUCGGAAACUCCUGCAGCCCUUUCAGUCAAAACACGUAUGCAGAAGUUGGCAGAACAGCGGCGCUGCUGGGAUAGUGAGGAUCCCUCUGAAUGUGUUCCUCUGUCUCCUCUCCUGUCAAAAGAUCUGUCUGUUUCUCCACCUAAGCAGAUCUCUAAUGCCCUGGCAAGUGAAACCCCUAUUGGGAGAAGAGGCCGUUUAGCUAACCUUGCUGCUACAAUUGGUUCCUGGGAAGAUGACCUAAGUCAUCCAUCUGCAAAGCAAAACAAUGCACAAGAACAGCCUGGCACUACUUGUUUAUCCAAAUUGUCCACUACAAGUGAAGCAUCUGCUAGAAUCAAUAGUAGCAGUGUAAAGCAGGAAGCUGCAUCCUGUUCUCAAAGGCUUGUUGAGGCUUCUAUUAAUAAACCAGCAAACUCAAAGAGAGCGGAUCCAAACAAUUUUUUAACACAAUCUUCAAGAGUCACUGCUCCCUGUUCUAAAGAAUCUGAAGUACAACGACGAGCAGCAGACAAUCCCUGCAGUCCUUGGAAAACUGAAGAGCGUACACAAACAGCGAAGUCAGCUUUGCCUCAACCAGUUCAGUCCAAAGCAGAGCCAGUCAAAGGAACACAUGUGCAACUUGAACCUAAGGGUAAACCCACAACACCAGGGGGAUCAGGAAUUAAGCCGUUCCUGGAACGCUUUGGGGAACGCUGUCAAGAGCGUAGCGCACGCAGCCCUGCUCCGAAUACUCCAGGGUGCAGAACACCCGUUGUUACCCCAAAUACAAGGACAAUCCAGGAGAGGCUUCUCAAACAAAAUGAAAAUUCCUCUACUGCCAGUUUAGCGCUUCAGCUUAAGCAGGAACGUGAGCGGGAACUUGCAUGCCUUCGUGGCCGAUUUGAUAGGGGCAAUCUGUGGAGUGCGGAGAAAAGUGACAGUUCAAAGAGGAAGCUUCCAGAAGCUAAAAUGGAAAGCCAAUCUCAGGCUAGUCCAAAACAUCCUCCUAGUUCAGAUGCCUCUGCUCUUGGAUCAUCAGAAGACACAUCAGCAAGUGACAGGCCAGCAAAAUCUCCCAGUGUGGAGUCUUCAGAUACUUCUAAAUGUGAAGAGGCUGAUAAACCUAGUCCUCUGAAGAUUGCUGAGUCAAAGAGCCCUGUAAAAGUGAUGUCUGUCUCAAAACUUGAACAACUUGAUGAGAAACCAAAAGAUGAAGUAUUUGAGGGCAAAAUGCGUGCAGAUGAGGAGAUGAAUAGCUCAAAAGUGAUAAAUGAGAUUUUUGAAAUUCUUCAAGAGGAUGGUCCAGACAUAGAAAAGCUGAAGAAAGAAAUGAGCAUGAGCCUGGAAGGUGAAAGUGAUGAGGAUGAGCAGGAAGAGUCACUGAACAUUUCAUCAAUGUCUCUGUUAACCCCUCUAGUGGAAUCUGUUGGCUCAGAGGCCUUUGGUUCUCCUAAGUCAACUGAGGAAGGUAGCAGUAUCAGUGAUGUAAGUCUGAAGUCUGAGAAGUUCCAAAGGAUUAGAGUUCCCAGGGCAGAAUCUGGAGACAGUAUUGGCUCUAUGUCAGAAGAUCGCAACCUCCCUUACAGUGUCGAUGCGUAUAGAUCCCAAAGAUUUAAGGAAACUGAUCGUCCUUCAAUAAAACAAAUAAUUGUUCGCAAAGAAGAUGUUGCUUCCAAACUAGAGAUGAGAAGAAAUGGUCCAUCUGAUCAAGUCAAUAUCAAAAAGAAAAUGCAGGAAUUGAACAAUGAGAUCAACAUGCAACAGACAGUGAUUUAUCAAGCCAGUCAAGCUCUGAACUGCUGUUUUGAUGAAGAGCAUGGGAAAGGGUCACAAGAAGAAGCAGAAGCAGAGAGACUUCUUCUCUUUGCAACUGAGAAGAGAACGGCUUUAUUGGAAGAAUUGAAUAAACUGAAGAGUGAAGGACCACAAAAUAAAAGAAAUAAAGCUGCUUCUACAUCCACUGAAUUUGCUCCCUCCAGGGGAUCUGUUUCCAUUUCAGAAAUGCGUCUACCUCUAAAAGCAGACUUUGUAUGUGGUACAGUUCAAAAGCCAGAAGCAGGAAAUUACUACUAUGUAAUAAUACUGAGAUCUGGAGCAGAAAACAUGGUUGCAACUCCAUUAGCAAGUACUGCCAGUUCCCUGAAUGGAGAUGCUCUUACUUUUACUACGACGUUUACUAUGCACAAUGUGUCAAAUGACUUUGAAAUAAAUAUAGAAGUUUACAGUUGGGUGCAGAGAAAAGAAGUUACAAGCACUGAUAAAAGGAAAAAGGCAAAUAAAUCUAAGGUUAUUACUCCAAAGAGAUUAUUGACAUCUAUUACCUCGAAAAGCAACCUUCUUACACCAGCCAUGGCCAGUCCAGGUGGCCCGAAUGCCAUACGCAGUACAAAUUUCAUCCUUGUCGGAUCCCACAAGUUAUCACUGUCUUCUGUAGGAAAUACCAAAUUUGCACUGGACAAGAUAAAUUUUGAAGGGGUGGAAAAAGAACUCUUGGGCUAUAUGUUCCAGGACAAGGUUCCAUUUUUGUCUCCUUUGGAAGGUCAUAUAUAUCUGAAGCUGAAAUGCCAAGUGGACUCUUUGGUGGAGGAGAAAGGGUUCUUGACUAUGUUUGAAGAUGUCAGUGGAUUUGGAGCAUGGCAUAGGCGCUGGUGUGUGCUGUCUGGAAAUUGUAUCUCCUACUGGACCUACCCAGAUGAUGAGAAACGAAAGGUAAUGCUGUUUUGUAAUGCUGAAGUCCAAAGUUCUGUAGUAUCCUGCACAAGCAGCUGUUCGUUUUUAAGCACAGUAAUGUUUAGGCUUUAGAUUGGUAAAACAUGGGAUUCAA